AAUUGUUUAUCUAUUUAUAUAUAAUUUCAAUAAUAAUAAUAUCAAGCAAAUUAUGAAAUCAUUGUGUAUUUUAACAAUAGUAGUAUGCAUUACACUGGGUUGUCCUCAAUCAUACCGGCGCUCGAGAUUUUACGAUAAUAGCCGAUACAACUCUUAUGAUGACGACUACGACAGCAAGGAUUGGGAGUAUACCAGUGAACAGCUUAAUAGACAAUACCAUAGAAGACUCAAUAAUGUGUACGGAAGGGCUUUCAGAAAUAAAGGACCUAUCAUAGGAUUUGGACCGUUCAAAGUCCAGGGACACAAACUCGAGGACAAUAGCUAUGACUUGGGCUACGAUUUGGGACAAGGAUAUGGACGCAAAUUGGGAACCGGUAUUAGGACUGGAAUUGACGAUACAAUAACCAAAAGUAUCAAAAAAGUUAAAUUCAAUUUUGGAAAUAAUAGUAAAGAUAAAGAUAGCGAGUCUGAUGACAAAAAUGAUGAAAAAGAUAAGAAAAAUGAUGAUAAAAAUAGUGAUAAAAAUAGUGAUGAAAAAGAUAAGGAUGGAAAGGGUGAUAAAAAGUCGACAACCCGUGACCAAAAAGAUGACGAUCCGUAG